CUAUUGCUUAUGUGUUGAUUGGCAGUGGUCUGUAUGAUGAAGCAAUAAAGCAUUUUUCAACAAUGCUUCAGCCAGCCAUGAGCUAUGGCAUGAAGCAGCAGAAAUCUAUGGCUCCAGUCACCGACUGCUGACAAAAGGGACUACAGGAGCCUGGAUUUUAUUAGAAUCUCUUUUGAUCAGAUUAUAUGUGAAAUUUUAUCUAAUCUACAUAUGAGGGCUACAUAUGAGGUUUACAUGUGAGGGCUGCUUAAAUUCCAGAGUGGCCUUGUCAGGUGAUAACCUACCUGCCUUUUGCUUCAGUUGCACUAUUAGGGUACAAAACUCUGAGGUAUUUCCAUGACCCUUGCUGUCACAUAAUACUCAUUUGACUGGUUACUCCCAUGAUUUUUGUGUGCUUCUAUAAUGGAAAAAAAUGUUCCUAGAGCACCCAUCUGAGUGCAUCACCAGGUCCCAUGAUGUCAGUCUUCAGUAAAAACUCCCAAUCAAAAAUCUGGUGAGUUGGACCCACACCAGUGCUAGAAGUCACUUCCCUGCGUGACAGUACAUCAGCAGUAGAGGGUGUAGUAGUAGUGUAGUAGUAGUUGUGUUAGUAGUUGUAGUAGUAGUAAUGUAUGUUUGUAAUGCAUAAUGGUUAAAUUCAUCUUAGGGAAUUGUUUCGUGUACAUAUCUAGCAGCACUGUUCUUGAAAGUAGAACCUUCUCAGAUUCUGAACUCCUUCAGUUCCUUGCAGAACUAAUAAUAGAAGUAAUUAAGCAGUUUUAGGCAGCAUAUGACCUUUGAUCAGGUGACCUUGAGCUUGCCUGAUUCUGGUGGAACUGAAUUCAUAGGGGAACUUUGCUUAUUUCACAUCAGCAUAUAAAAUUGAUUUUUUUUUUUUUUUUUUGGCUUUUUGAAACAGAGUCUCAUUAUGCAGUGCAGGCUGGCUGUGAGCUCAUUUUAUAGCCCAGACUGGUCUCAAACUUGCAACUAUCCUCCUGCCUCAGCCUCUCGUGCUGGGAUUACAGGCAUGUGCCACCAUUUGUGAUCCAGCAUAUAAAACUGAAAACAUGGCUCUGUGUAAUUUUUAGUAAAUGUUUGUCUGCCAGUGAGGCAGAACUCAGUCCUCACUGCAGUGUUCAUAUGCUGGUUUUUUUGGCUUGUCUUUGGGCACCGUGACUGUUCAGUUCUUGUUAAAACACCAGCCUUCUGAUAGAAAAAUACGUGUCUGUAAGAUUAAAAGUAAUUUCUGUAUAAAAGUAAUAGUGUGAGAAUAAUGUAUUAAACUCUUUGAGAAUUGCAACACCUCCAUCUAGGUGGCUCUCCCUUGUGAUUUUGCAGAUACAGAAAGUAAACCUAUCCAAAAAAGUAAUAAGAACCGUGGGAGCAAUGAAACCCAAAAUGUGUAAUAGUCAUGGUACAAAAGAGAGGAAAAGAAAGUGCUCCAAACUAUAUAACUGCAUGUAUAUUUAAGUGUAUAAGAUAGAAAAUGAUAUCACAGAGUUUUAUUGGAUCAAUGAACAGAACUGUUUGCAGUAUCAUUGAUGGAAUGUCCACUUUACAAGCUUUAAUUUUGUGACUUGAACAAUUAUUUCUAAGAUGACAAUAUGUAAUCCAUUAACUAGUGAUUUCCUACUGUUCAUUUUUUUUCUGUAAAUCUGUAUAACUUGUACCCUUUCCCUGCUUUUUUUUUCUUUUCUCCUUAAAUAAAAUUUAAAAAAAAAAAAGAAAAAAAAAAAAAAAGAAAGUAAACCUGAGCAACUUGGUGACUUUUUGUCUUAAACUAAAAAUAAAAGGACUGAAGAUGUAGUUUAUUGGUAGAGCACACCCCAGUAUAUUCAAGGCCCUCAGCCUGAUCCCCUGUACUGCCAAAAAAACAAAAACUUGGAAAAAUGGAUACUCUAAUCCCAAUUUGCUUUUAGAAAUAAACGUAUUUUUGCUGGGUGUGGUGUUGCACAGCUGUAAUCCCAGCACUUGAGAGGCUUAGGCAGUAGGUUCAUUGCAAGUUUGAAACCCACCUGAGCUACAAAGUGAGCUCAAGGCCACCUUGAACUGCAUGGCAAGACUGUGUCUCAAAAAGACAACAUCAAAAAAUUUUUCACAUUUUUCAAUUUGAGGAAAUAAGCAGCAAUUUAUUACUACUUUCCAUAAAUAAGUUUACUUGUCUAUCAAAGUAAUGAUAGACAAAAUAGGGGCUGGGGAUUUAGCUCAGUGGCAUAAGCGCCUGCCUUGCAAGUGCGUGGUUGUGAGUUUGAUCCCUGGUACCAAUUAAAAAAAAAUGUGAGAAGACAAAAUAAUAAGUGAAUAAAGUUGUAUCAAUUUUUAAAAGUAAUAAAAUCCAUUAUUUAAAUUUAGGAACAUAAUGUCAGAGUCUAAAUAUAAUAAUAGCCACAACUAUUAUACAUCUUUCUGUGCUAUUAGAAAAAUACUCAAAAAAUAAUUUAAGGAUUUAAUCCCGAGUCUUUUACAGCUGCUCCAGAGACUAAUUUAGUGCUUUGUGUUGAUGAAUCAGACCUUGGGAGGCUCAGGGGAGAACCCCUCAGCCAAGGUGAUGGAACUAAAUUCAAGAAGUUGUUCCUGUUUAGCUGUUUCAGCUAAUAUUCAGAUGUUGCAACUGUAGUGUAAACUUUUGAAUGGCUGUUUAUUUUUUUAAGGUUAAAUUGUUUUAAAGUUAUAAAAAUGUUACAGCUAUGGUAAUCAGAGGCUCACUAUGUGGCUCUUGUUGUAAACCGCCUUUGGCCCUUUCCUCUGUGGACUGCACCCCACUAUUUCAAGCCAUGUCUUCCUGCUUGCUUCCACUUCAAGAAAAACAGGCUCAGCAGGACAAACUUUGACCUGAUCUCGUUUAGUCUUCAUGAAGCUUUUUCUGCCUGCCUAUGAUAUAGUCAGUGUUAGUUGCUAAUAAUAACUUCCACGUAUUAAGACUUAGCAUGUGCCACCAAAACAAGGAUGAAAAGAGGAGCCCUUGAUGAUGCUGUGUUCCUGUAGGUGACAAGUGUGCCAAUGAAAAAUUGUGAUGCAGUAAGAGAGUUACCUUCAUGAACCGACUUGACUUCCUGAGAGGCAUCUUCAGCUCGGGCUCCAUGUAAGCCUGUUGCCUCGAUGCUGCCUGCACACUCACAAGUCCUAUCCCAGUUACCGCACCCAGUGAGCGGCCCCCUUGGUGAUGUGAGUCACACUCCACACCCCCAUUUGCCACCUACUUUGCCACCAGGCUGGGUCUGUGUGCAUUUCUUGCCUAUCUCCAGUCCAUCUGCUCCCUGCCCUCUGCUCAGACCACACCCAAAGUACUAUCACUUUGUAGCAAAGAUGACCCAGCGGUUGUUUCCUGGCUUAUCUUCUAACACCUGUUCCUGUCGCACCCUGUACACACACCAUUGCACACAUGCACUCUACGCAUACAGGUCCUUCAUUUGGUCCCUCCCUAGUUCUUUCCCUGUAUCCUAGAACAGAAGCUGUGUUCCCUGGUUCCCUGGGCCUUGGAACGCCCCACUCCCCACCGCCUCUCCUGCUGCUCACAUCCCUGCUGUCUCUUCCUUGGGAAACCCAUCCUAAACCCCUAACUCAUCUGCAUCUAGGUCUUCUGAAAGCAUACCUUACUGAUUUUGGGAACUUGGCUUUACAUUUGUAUUUGUGAUUCUUUGCUGUGCUGUUCCAAGAAGGCUAGAAUUCUUUACUUUCUCUGUUGAUCUUUGUUCACUCUUUGUCACCCUUAGCAGGAAUGUGUGGCUCUGCAUGGUAUUUGUAGCACAGGAACCCUGAUUUUGCUGACAGUAGUCCCUGAAUAAGUGUUUGCUGAAUGAAAUCCAUACAGCAGGCUGGGGAAUGGAGGAGAAAGCACCUUAGUCUCUCAGAGAAGUCAGGUGAGGUGGUAUUAGGACAGAAGGGUUUCUUAUCACAGUGGAUAUGGACAGAGGGGAGAGUAUGGUCAGUGCAGUAAACUGGUGAAGCAUGUUGGAUAGGGACCUGUUAAACUGUUUCAGUUCCUCAAGCAUGAAGGAUGAGUUGAGAGAGUGUGAAGGCAAGGCUGAAUGGAGGAGCCUGAUCUGGUUAGUGCAAUUUAUGGCCGAGGGAUAGCCUAUGGAAAGAAGGGACUACAUGACAUUAAGAAUGCUGAGCUUGCUUUGUUCGAGCUGAGCCGAGUAAUUACCUUGGAGCCAGACCGUCCAGAGGUAUUUGAACAGCGAGCAGAAAUUCUGUCCCCUCUGGGGCGAAUUAAUGAGGCAGUGAAUGACCUCACUAAAGCUAUUCAGCUUCAGCCAUCUGCACGGCUGUAUCGACACCGGGGGACCCUGCACUUCAUAUCUGAGGACUAUGCAACAGCACACGAGGACUUCCAGCAGUCCUUAGAGCUGAACAGAAACCAGCCCACGGCCAUGUUGUACAAGGGCCUGACCUUCUUCCACAGAGGACUUCUCAAGGUGAAGGAAGCUAUUGAAUCUUUCAAAGAAGCUUUGAAGCAGAAAGUUGAUUUUAUUGAUGCCUAUAAAAGCCUGGGGCAGGCUUAUAGAGAACUGGGCAACUUUGAAGCAGCCACUGAGAGCUUCCAAAAGGCACUGCUGCUCAACCAGAACCAUGUGCAGACCCUCCAGCUCCGGGGGAUGAUGCUGUAUCACCAUGGCAGCUUGCCGGAGGCCCUGAAGAACUUCAAGCGGUGCCUGCAGCUAGAGCCAUACAACGAGGUGUGCCAGUACAUGAAAGGGCUCAGCCAUGUUGCAAUGGGACAAUUCUAUGAAGGGAUAAAAGCACAGACCAAAGUGAUGCUCAAUGACCCUCUCCCAGGCCAGAAGGCCAGCCCAGAGUACCUUAAGGUGAAAUAUCUCCGAGAGUAUUCUCGGUAUCUCCACGCACACCUGGAUACCCCACUCACAGAGUAUAAUGUGGAUGUGGAUCUUCCAGGAAGCUUCAAGGAUCACUGGGCCAAAAAUCUGCCUUUCCUCAUCGAUGACUAUGAGGAACAACCUGGCUUGCAGCCUCACAUAAAGGAUGUGCUACAUCAGAAUUUUGAGAGUUACAAGCCUGAGGUACAGGAGCUAAUCUGUGUUGCUGAUCGCUUGGGAUCGCUGAUGCAAUAUGAGACCCCUGGUUUCCUGCCAAACAAGAGAAUACACCGAGCCAUGGGCCUGGCAGCACUGGAAGUCAUGCAAGCUGUUCAACGCACAUGGACCAACUCAAAAGUCCGCAUGAAUGGAAAAACUCGGCUAAUGCAGUGGAGGGACAUGUUUGAUAUUGCAGUGAAAUGGAGGAGGGUUGCUGACCCAGACCAGCCUGUGCUAUGGCUGGAUCAGAUGCCAGCACAAAGUCUCAGCAGAGGUUUCAACAACCACAUCAACUUAAUCAGGGGACAGGUGAUUAACAUGAGAUAUCUGGAAUAUUUUGAGAAAAUACUUCAUUUUAUUAAAGAUAGAAUUCUUGUUUAUCAUGGAGCUAAUAACCCUAAAGGACUGUUAGAAGUCAGAGAAGCUCUGGAAAAGGUGCACAAAAUAGAAGAUCUUCUUCCAAUUAUGAAGCAGUUUAAUACCAAAACGAAGGACGGGUUCACCGUGAACACGAAAGUUCCCAGCCUCAAAGACCAAGGGAAGGAGUACGAUGGGUUCACGGUCACCAUCACAGGGGACAAAGUUGGCAAUAUCCUGUUUUCUGUGGAAACUCAAACCACAGAAGAAAGGACACAAUUAUAUCAUGCUGAAAUAGAUGCACUUUAUAAAGAUCUGACAGCAAAAGGAAAAGUACUGAUUCUCUCAUCAGAAUUUGGGGAAGCUGAUGCUGUCUGCAAUUUAAUCUUGUCCUUGGUUUAUUACUUCUAUAAUUUAAUGCCCCUCUCUCGAGGAUCUAGUGUCAUCGCCUACUCUGUCAUCGUGGGGGCGCUGAUGGCCAGCGGGAAAGAAGUAGCAGGGAAGAUCCCCAAGGGCAAGUUAGUUGAUUUUGAAGCUAUGACAGCCCCUGGUUCAGAGACCUUCAGCAAAAUAGCUAAGAGCUGGAUGAACUUGAAAAGCAUCUCCCCUUCGUACAAGACCCUGCCGGCAGUGUCAGAGACAUUUCCCACGUUAAGGUCGAUGAUUGAGGUGCUAAACACAGACUCCUCUCCACGGUGUCUCAAGAAACUCUAGUUAUGCCAUGGAGUUUGUACAUGGGAAGGGCCACGCCUCUUGCUUCUUAAGUUAUUUUUUAAAACAUGGAAUUAAGAAAUUAGAUCUUUUAUUACUUUUGAUAUCAAUUUUUGAUAGGAAUUGAAUACUUGAAAUCAUUUUCUUUACUUUCUGAACCAUAACAGAAAUCAUGAGAACAGAGUUCGGGGGGAAAAGCUACUUGACAAGGAAGGGACAUGUUUGUAUUACGUGGCAGCCUGAUGGUGUCCACUUGUGAAGUGACAUGACUUCUUCCUUAUGGCAAAAAGUGUUUACUUCAGAAACCAAAAAUAACUAAUUAAGGUGAACAAAGCCAAGAACAAACGAGGAAUGUCUUCAUUCCAUGGGAGAUUUGGCUCCUCAGACUCCCCUUGUGUGAGCCACAUGCUGGGGCUUUGCUCCUUGCUUGUGCGUUCUCCGUCCUCCCAGCACUGGGAGUGGUCCAUGGGCCGACUGCACGCACCGCAGCUGAUGGCCGGGAUCACUCGCUGUCACUGAGGAUGCACACAGUAUUUGCCAAUGUCCCAACAUUGAAUUGCUGAACCAUGUCUUGUUUUUGCUGGAAAAAAUAAAUCAUGGUGAUUUCUGUAAGUCACCAGUGUUUG